AUGAUGAGAGUUUUACUUGAAGUUUUUUCGAUGAUUGUCGUUAUGGAAGUGACAACGGGGGAAUCUGAGUUUAGGUCCCUUCAACUAAAACACAGCCCGCUACGAUUGGACGAUUCCGCCAUAAAACACCUAUCGCAUUUAUCUAACAAAAAAUACACCGAACAAGUAUUAGAUAACAUUCUGAUACCACGAGUGGUGGGUACUCAGAACCACCGGAAGGUCUACGAUUACAUCGUUUCCGAGCUGGAGAGCCUCAAUUGGACAAUUGAGCCCGACGAAUUCGAAGAUGAUACUCCUCACGGAAGGAAAACGUUUAGAAAUAUUAUAGCCUAUUUGAAUCCGCACGCCGAGAGGUUUUUGGUGUUGGCUUGUCAUUAUGACAGCAAGUUUUAUGAAGAUAUUGAAUUUGUUGGAGCCACCGACUCGGCAGUGCCGUGCGCGAUGCUCCUAAACCUCGCCAAAACGCUCAAAAACGAGCUCAAGUCUCUAACCUCGGACUACCCGCUCAGCCUAAAAUUAGUGUUCUUCGACGGUGAGGAAGCCUUCGAGAAAUGGGGCCCCACCGAUUCGAUUUACGGGGCGAAACAUUUGGCCGAUAAAUGGGAGAGGAAUCGAUUCAAAAGUAAAUUGACGAACGACGUCGUUUCCGAUUUGGAAAGAAUCGAUUUGUUUAUUUUAUUGGAUUUGAUCGGACAUGAGGGUACGAGAUUUUUGAGUUGUUUCGAGAACACCAAGCAUUGGUACCUGCACAUGGCGAAAUUAGAAGAUAAAUUAAACAAUUUGAAUUUACUCGAAAACAAAAGUUAUGAUAAUCGAUAUUUUGCAAAAAGGAAAUAUUUAGGUUACAUUGAAGACGAUCAUAUUCCAUUCGUAUACAAAAAAGUACCAGUAUUACAUUUGAUAUCGAUUCCAUUUCCGAAAGAAUGGCAUUCCGAGCACGACAAUCGCCAUAUAAUCGAUUCCAAAACGAUCGAAGAUAUUAAUAAAAUUUUGAGGAUAUUCGUCGUUGAAUAUUUAAAUAUAAAAAUUGUAAAUGCCGAUGAAAGUCCUGCAAUUCCCGCCAAAGAAUUAUGA